AUGGUCCGUGGCUGGGCAGGAUGGCCCCCACGCGCGGCCACGGACCUCUCUAUUUCUGUUGCUCUGCGCGGACACGGCGCCGGAUAUCCGGUACAGCGCUGUCCAGAACUGGGAAACAAGCACGAGGAAGUUGAGGAUCACGCCCGCCAUCGAUCCCCAGACGCCGACCGCGCUCGUGAAGGUGAGCUCGUCGGUGCCCCUGCCUCUCACGGAGAGCGCUUUUCUGAACCGCACGUGGCACAGGCAAAUCGACCACCACGUGAAGAUGGACGAGAGACCCGAGAGAGCCAUGAGCCAGGCAAAAAUGUCGGAUUCUUUAGGCGACGCAGCAAGGAAGCAGAGCAAGCCGACCGCGAGGGUCAAACAGAUGGCAACGAGCGGUCUUCCCUGUCUGUCGAUGUAGCCAAGGAUCUUUGGCGCAAAGCCCUGUUCUGCGAGCGAGGCAAGCGUUCUGCUGCUGGCGUAGACACCGGAGUUUCCGACAGAAAGCACGGCAAUGAGGACAACGACGUUCAUGAUGCUAGGGAGCACCUUGAUGCCGUUGUCCUUGAUGGCAAUGACGAACGGCGAGGAGGCGGCGUCGGUGGACGCGCCAAGCAGCCUGUCGUCGUUGUAGGGGACCAAGAAGCCGACCAUUGUGAGCGAGCACAUGUAGAAAAGCGUGAUUCUCCAGAACACCUGUUUGGUGGCUCUCGGCAGGGUUUUUCUUGGGUCGGCGGCCUCUGCGGCGGUGAGGCCUGCCAGCUCGGUGCCGCUGAAACUGAACGCACCAGUGACAAACACGGUACACAGGCCCUUGAAGCCGUUGUGGAAAGGUCCCGGAUCGUGCCAGUAGCGAGCACCAAUCACCUCGUGUUUGGGGCCUCCGCCGGAAACAAGCACGACCGACAGAAUAACAAAGCCCACGACGGCGAUGACCUUGAUGAAGGAGAACACGAACUCGGCCUCGCCGUAGCCCUUGACUCCGAAAAAGUUGAUGAACACGAUAGCAACGUAGAAAAUAGCCACCCAGGCCGCGGGACUAAUGGUGUCGUUCCAGAACUGGAUGGUGAUGGAGGCGGCGACGAGCUCGAUCGGCAUCACCACGAUCCACUGCAUGGCGUAGUUCCAGGCCAUCGCAAAGCCCCACGAGGGAGAAAUAAAUCUGGUGUUGUACUGCAAAAACGAGCCCGAGACAGGGAACGUGACAGCCAGCUCGCCCAUGGCGUGGACGGUGCAGAAAAUGAGGAUGCCGACAAUGAAGUAUGCGAUGAGAAGAGAGGCGGGGCCGCCAGACGAGAGCGCGGAGCCAGAACCAACAAACAGCCCCGUUCCGAUGGCGCCUCCAAUGCUGAUCAUCUGGAUAUGACGGGACUUGAGAGACCUCUGCAACGGAGACGCAGCGGCCAUGAUGUUGGCGCGCUCGAUCUCGGAGAGAUUGGGGUCGAUCUCGGCGACGGGAAACGGCUUGAAAGAGUCGAUGAACCUGUUCCAUCUGCUGGCCAUCGGGAAGGUCUCCUCGACGGCGCCGGAGGCAGAGUCCGAGUGCGCGGACGGCUCGGACGAAGAAAAGUGGCCUUUCUCUGUGUCUUUGAGCAUGAAAGAAGUGGAAGAAAAAGUAUGACUCUGAGUUUCUUCGUUUUAACGUCGCCAGAUCGGGUUACGUCAAUGCCGAGGGCUGCAGGCGAGCGAUGA